CCCGUUCAGUUAUAAGUUUUGACUUCCGACCACUUCCGACUUUGAAGAUCGGGAAAGAGUUCUCUUUCGAGAGAGUUUAAGAGACGAUCAAGUUAAGUCGCGAGGAUUCUUAUUAAGCAAACGACGAUCCGGUAAUCACGAAAAUAUUGUGGAGACUUCGUCCACUGUAUAGCCGUACCAUGCAGAAUUUUGAUGAUCUUGACAUAGAGGGUCGUAAUCCUUCUCAUCUAUCAGAAGAGGAUAAGGAAAAGGAAGAAUAUGAUCGCAAACGUAUAAUGCGGUGCAGCGUUACUGCUGAAGAUGGUGCACUCAGACCUGUUUACUCCGAGACCGAAGAUGGUGAUAUAUGGUGUCAUAUCUGUAAUGUUGCCUUGUUUGGGGCUCAUAAAUUGAUAAGUCAUAAUCUAUGUAAUCGUCAUAAAAUAAAGCUGGACGAAUGGCCAUAUCCGGUCAUGUUGUGGUCUAAACGACCGGAUCUGAAGACAAUUACACCAGUGCAGUCUACCACUAUUAGCGACACUCUGGCACCUGGCGAGCCAGUUCCACCUGGUAUGGAAGAUCAAAUAACACGAGUCACAGCGAUACAAAUGAGCUUAGAUCGACAUCAAAGCUCCCCGCUCGUCGGCCUCGAGUAUCUGCUGGAGUUGGUGGACAAUGAUUCCUGUGAACCGAGUUACACGUGUGUUUUGUGCGACAAACGUGGCGAUCCACGCACCGUAAUGGCCCACAUUACCAGCUACAACCAUCGAAUCACAUAUCUCAAUAGACACUUUCCAACCAUAUCGCGAGCAAUUACGGACUUACCGCGUACCCCAAAUUACAAACGCGGGGCCAAUGAAAUAUUGGUGUUAGUGGCGAAGAAAAUUGAAGAAAAGUUUGGAAGAAUGAAACCGCAAUUGGUAGACAAAACUCAGUUCGAAAAGAACAAGAUGCAAUAUAUCAAGAGAGUAUAUCAGGACGUUCAUUUUAGGGAAACGCCAGAGUGCACGUUUAUGGAAGUUUACGAUGUGCGAUGGGUGACAAAUUUUGAUGAAAAAAUGGCAGAAAUGAAUGGUAAUAUUAAAAAGAAAGAACUUCAAUCUGAUGAGAAGAUUGAUGACAAAUACAAAAAAGAAGACAAGAAAAUGGAAAAGCUGCCUAAAAAAUUAGAUUCUAAAGGAGAAGUUACAAAAACGGGCUUUAAAAUGCGCAUAAUUAACAAGGAUAAAAUGAGUCUUCGUAAAACUACACCGAAGCCCGAGGAGAACGUGAAGAAGUCACCGAAACGUCCGUCGGACGACACUAAAUCGCUCUCGUCGCUUUCGAGCAUAUCUAGCAGUCCGUCGCCGUCUCGUUCGCGAUCUCGUUCGCCGAGUCGAAAUAGAAGAAAGGGUUCCGCGGAGAGAAGCACAGGGAAGUAUCGCAACGAGUCGCGGCAUUCGCGCGAGCGUGCUCGCGGUCGGUCGCGAUCGCGAUCGCGAUCGCACUCUUUGCAGCCGCUCAGGGAACGCGACAAGUGGGACAAAUAUCGCGAGCAAAUUAGGCGCGCCGAGGAGACGCUAGAUCGCGCAUUGAAGUUUCACGAAAAGAAUCCCGAGAAGCAUCCGUCUUACCCAGACGAGUGGAAAAAGUUCUGGAACAAGCGGUACAAGGAACUGCAGGCCGAAGGUAACGAUCCGAGCAAGCACGACUUCAAGCCGGAGUGGAUUGAGUUUUGGAACAAGAGGAUGCGCGAGAUUCACAACGAGCAGCUGCAGCAACGAAAGGAGGAGAUUAGAAAAAGGUUGGAAUUGCCGGAGGACAAGCCUCCUGAGAAGUGGGUUCAGCCGAGGCGGGAGCGAGAACGGGAGCGGGAGCGGGAGCGAGACCGGGAGCGAGAGCGAGAGCGGGAACGGGAGCGGGAGCGAGAACGCUCUCCCGCGAAGCGCGGCAGACAUCGUAUAGAGAGCGACGACGAGGUGGAAUACGUCGGUACGAAGAUGAUCAAGCCCGAGUACUACGACCGUCACGAGGUGAGGGAUCGAGAGUACAUGUAUUCCGCGUACACGCGCGGCAGGGGAAGCGUGUACAGCCAUAAUUAUCCGCCGGUGUCGCGCACGGCGUCGCGCACCAGACCGAUAUACUACGCGACGCCGUAUCCGGUGAAGGACAAAUCGCCCACGCCGCCCGUGACGGAGGAAGUGCUGACGGAGGAUCUCGAAGUGGUCGGUUUGUUGCGACUGCUAACGGCACUCGAGGGACAGCUGGGUUCGCUGGGCCCUAAGAUCGUGUCCCUUCUGUCGAAGGCUUUGGCGGCCGAGAAGGCGAAACCGAAUUCCGCCGAGGAACUGCUGUUCGACGAGGAAGUGAGCGUUCUCUUCGAGACGGUUAAAGAGAAGCUCAAGGGCCAGCUGUUUGCCGGCAUGGUGGAGAAAAUGGCGAUCACGGCCACUAAAACGGCGAUACAGAACAUUGCCAAGCUGCUGCACAAGACUUCCGAAAGCAAGAAGAAACUGGAAGAGGACAAGAAAAAGAAGGAGCGCGAACUGCUGGAAUUAUCUAAGCCGCCCGCUUACGUCAGUAGAGCUGCUUACUCGAGACCGAUAGAGUCGGCCAUGACACCGUCGGCCAUGAAGUCCGAGCCGGUGAGCGUGCCGGGCGUCGGUACAGUUGACAAAGUCGCCAUCGCUCAGCAGAUCGCCGCUGCUCUCAUCGCGCAGGGUAGAACGAAUGUCUCGCAGGAGGAACUGGAAACUCUCAUCAAUGCCGUUGUCGGCAUGGCCGAGGCGUCCAAGCACUCCGACAAGCCCGUCACCACCGCCGACUUCGUCAAAGGCCUGACGAACUGCGGCAAUAUCGCUUCUCAAGCGGCGGAACCCGUCAAAACGACGAGCACGCUGAUGGUGCUCGAUGCUGCGGAACGGCAGGUCCCGAAAAUGGAAGGCUUAUCGGACGCCGAUUUGAAGUCAAAGCUGCAAAAUUUUAAGGAUCUGAACACGCAGGAGCAGCACAGUCUCAUCGGUUAUCUGAAGAAGCUCGAGGCGAGCGAUCCGACGAAGGUGGAAAAGUUGAGGGACUACGUUAAUCUCGGCAUGACGGUCUCGACGUCGUCGGUGUCGGCUAUCAGCAGCACGAGAUCGUCGAGUCCGGAGAUCGAGGCCUCCAUUAGCAGAAGCAAGAAGAGCAUCUCCCCAUUUUCCAUUCGUAAAAUGAAUCAGAAUCCAGUUGACGACGGCAAUAAGUGGAAACCGAAGGUGGACAUGUUCGCGAACGACGAAGACGACGAGCAGCAGACGAAAAAGGGCGGCGACGAUAAGUCAAAGACCAUCGACUUAUCCGACGACGACGACGACUACACGUACGAGGACAUUUACAAAGCGGCGAACAAGAAUGUGAAUGAUAACGAGAAGGCCAAGAGAUCGCGCGCCUUCUCGAAAUCGCCGAAAUCGUGGUCUCGAUCGCGGUCGCGAUCGAGAUCGCGGUCGCCGGUGAAGCAGAAGGAAGCCACGAAGACGAGCGAUCCGAACGCGAUACUGAACGAAACGAAGCGUCUGAUCGCCAAUAUUAUGUGCGACCUGCCGAACAAAUACGUGCCCAAGUCGCACACGAGUCUGGCUGGCCAAGACAAAACCGAGCCGAUAGCGAGUCCCGCCGAAUCCAUACCGUCAACCGAAAUGUCCAACUUUUACAAUCAGGGCUUUCACUCGAGUAAUCAGCCGCGGCCGCAAGCGCAGCCGAUGACUUAUCCCAACGUGUCCAAUCAGCAGUUCUCGAAUUAUCAGCAACCGCAGAUGUUCCCCAAUAAUUCAGGAUACAUGGACAACGGUUAUAAUUAUCAGGGUUACGGCAAUCAGAGUCAAUACGGUGGACCACCGCCGAACCAAUAUCCUCAACAAUCCUACGGCUCUUACGCCGCGCCGCAAGCCACGCAUCCGUCAGGCUACGUUCAGCAACCUCAGUCGCAGCAAUACGGCAGCUACAUGCAGCAGCAACGAUUUUAUUGAACGAUCGUCCGCUGAGAUGUUGCGAUUUUGAUCGAGUUCACAUUCACAUCGUGGCGUGUCAAUCGAUAACUUCAUGAGUAAACCUAAUGAAGUUUCACGCUUUUUUUUACGCGCAGCUAUACGAGUGCCUGUGCAAUUUUUGAAUGUCGUUUUUAUUCGCGCUUUACACAUUUUCAGCGAAACGGAUAUAAUAUAUUUCAAAAUUUAUCAACGAUAGCACAUUACUUUCGUUUCCAUUUGCGAGAGCGUUUAUAAUGUGAAUUAUCAAACUGUACUUAGAGAGAAUUAUGUAUUCGCGUGAUCUUUUUCCAUGUAUAUAUAUAUAUAUAUA